UAUAUAUAUUUUUUGUAACAUGUUCUUUGUUCCGGCCUCAGGUGUGAUAAAUGUGGAGAGGGCUUCACAGGUACCUGGGCUCUGAAGACCCACAUGCUGGUUCACGGCGUGGAGAAGCCGUUCAUGUGCGACCUUUGUGGAAAGACGUUUUUCUACAACUGCCAGCUGCAGAAGCAUCAGCAGCUGGUCCACGACAACAAGGACCGGCAGAAGGUCGGUGGGUCGGCGGGGAGACGCCGGCCCACCGGAGCGAAACCCUACAGCUGUAAAAUCUGUCUGAAGAGCUUCAGCAGCAACACCACGCUGAGGACGCAUGAGAAGAGCCACGCCGAGAACAAGGAGUUCACCUGCUCCACCUGCGGGAAGUCCUUUCACCUGCGCCACCUGUACCUGUACCACAUGAGGCAGCACAGUGGCGACCGGCCGUACGUCUGCAGCGUCUGCCAGAAAGGGUUCCUGCUGAUGGCGCAGCUGAAGCAGCACGAACUGCUGCAUACCGGAGUCAAACCUCACAAGUGCGAUGAGUGCGGCAAAGAGUUCAGGACGCCUCAGAACUACCACCGUCACCUGCUGGUCCACACCGGAGAGAAACCCUACGAGUGCGUGGUGUGCAACAGGAAGUUCAGGCAGUCCAAUCAGCUCAAAUCUCACAUGCAGAUCCACACCGGGGUGAAGCUGUACACCUGCGAGCGCUGCGGUCACGGCUUCUCCGACUCGAGGCAGAUGAAGAAACACCGAUGUGGAGACGACUUCCAGAGCUGUGAGUCCAGCAAUAAGCGCAGGAAGCAGAAGAACGGAUUCCCCUGGACGGAAGGAUUCACGCACUAAUAACACCCCAAAGGACUGGAGACAGCUAGCCUAGCCUAGCUUAGCAUAGAGACAGCUAGCUUAGCUUAGCAUAGAGACUGGAGACAGCUAGCCUAGCUUAGCAUAGGGACUGGAGACAGCUAGCCUAGCUUAGCAUAGGGACUUGAAGGCUUUACGCACCAAUAACACCCCAAAGGACUGGAGAUAGCUAGCCUAGCUUAGCAUAGAGACAGGAAACAGCCAGACUAGUUUAAAGCCUAGCUUAGCAUAGAGACUGGAAACAGCUAGCCUAGCUUAGCAUAGAGACUGGAAACAGCCAGUCUAGCUUGGCAUGGAGACUGGAAACACCUAACUUAGCAUAUAGACUGGAAACGGCUAGCCUAGCUCAGCAUACAGCUGGACACACCUAGCCUAGCUUAGCAUAGAGACUGGAAACGGCUAACUUGGCUCUGUCCAAAGCUCAGAAAUACAUUAAGCACCAAACCAAUGAACACGUUGAUUUCAAUCAACCAAACAAACGGAACUAUUUUUUGUCAACGACCGUGCGUCAUCCGCCCAGCUUUGACACGCAGACAUGAGAUUAAUAUCCAUCCUCUCAUAUCAGAGAAUGUUGUGCUGUUGCUUUAAAGAGUUUCUUCUGUAUGUUUUAUAUUUAAAAACAAAAAAUUGUCAAAAAUUGAUGAUAAAGACGUAGUUAGUAGUUUCUUAUGAAAGUUGUACUCUGUUUAGUGGAAGUACGAUCUCUUGUUUUGUGUUUAAUAUAUUCAGUUUUCUGUUGAAUUAAAGAGCUGGUUCACUUCC